GUACUAACUACUGAUUCUCUGUAGAUCUUGACUCUUUUUUUGGCAAAUGUAAAUCUUAACUCAACUUUGCUAUAGAGGCCUAGAGGGUGGGGAAUUUCAGCAGAAGUAUGUGCACGCUCUUUCAUGGUGCUCAGCUCGGCUCGGCUCCGGCGGACGAACAGAUGAACCGCAGCUAGACGAGACCUGCCGCGAUGCCACCAACGUCCACCUCGCCGGAGAACCUAGUGGCGCUCUCCGCCCGGUGCUCCACGAAGCACGACCUCCGCCUCAUCCACGGCGCUCUCCUACGCCGCCGCCACCUCCUCCCCGCCGCGGACGCCUUCGCGGCGCUCGCCAAGCUCCUCCGGUUCGCCGCCGUCUCCCCCGCGGGCGACCUCCGCCAAGCAGCCGCGAUCCUCUCCGCCCACCUCCCGUUUAUCUCGUCGGCCUCCUCCCAUCCCGCCUUCUUCUACAACACCCUCAUGCGCGGCCUCGCCGCCUCCUCCUCGCCCGGCGACGCCAUCGGGCUCUUCGCCGCGAUGCGCCGCGCGGGCGCAGCGCCCGACGCCUUCACCUUCACCUUCGUCCUCAAGUCCUGCUCUCGCUGCCCUUCGGGCCGACGUUUACCUUCCGACCUCCACGCCCAGGCGAUCAGGCACGGCUGCCUCGGCGAGCUCAGCGCGCACACGCACGUGCACAAUGCGCUGCUUCACGCUUACGCUUGCCGGGCGGCCGUCGACGACGCGUGCAGGGUGUUUGAAGAAAUUCCAGUUCGGGACGUGGUCUCCUUCUCAGGGCUACUCACGGCGCAUCUGAAAGCCAAUGAUUUGCACGCUGCCCGCCUUGUGUUCGACCAGAUGCCUCACCGGGAUGUAGUUUCUUGGACAGCGAUGAUUUCUGCAUAUGCCAAGGCUUGCCGGCCACAGGAGGCCUUGGCAUUGUUUGAUGCAAUGCCUAUGCAGCCAGACGAGGUGACCAUGGUGAGUAUUGUGUCCGCGUGCACCACACUCGGGGAUCUUGCAACUGGGGAGCGAGUGCGGAGGCACAUUGAUUCCCUUGGUUUUGGAUGGAUGGUGUCACUUCGCAAUGCACUCAUGGACAUGUAUGCUAAGUGUGGUUCCCUCCCUGAGGCUCGAGCUUUGUUUGAUGGGAUGACGGUGAGGAGCUUGGCAUCUUGGAACACGCUGAUCUCGGCAUAUGCAUCCCAUGGCGAUCUGGACAACACGAUUGCUGUGUUCUAUCAGAUGCUGGCUGAAGGCAACACUGUGAAGCCAGAUGGGGUGACGCUGCUUGCAUUACUAAUAGCCUACACGCACAAGGGCUGUGUUGAGGAGGGGCGUGCCAUGUUCAAUGCGAUGCAACGAGGCAACUUUGGUAAAGUGGAACUCACAGUCGAGCACUAUGGGUGUGUGGUGGACAUGCUUGGGCGCGCAGGGAAACUCGAGGAGGCAUACCAAGUGAUUGAGCAAAUGCCAAUUCCGAGCAAUGCUGUGAUCUGGGGUGCGCUACUUGGUGCUUGUCGGACUCAUGGGGAUAUUGACAUGGCAGAGCGGGCUGUGAAGGAGCUAAGGAACCUAAACCCAGAGGAGGGUGGGUACUACAUUUUGCUCAGUGAUAUGUACGCAUCUGCUGGUCGGAUAGCAGAGGCCACAGAGAUUAGACAUGCCAUGAAUGAGAGGGGGGUCCAGAAGACUACAGGCCGGAGCACUGCCUUUCUGCCUCAGCUGUAAUUUACCCUUAUCUGGCUAUCCUUAAGAUCACAAUUCACAACCAUGUCAUGCCAACUAGAUGAUACAUACCAAUCUAUCUUCUCUUCACACCAGACAAGCAUAUGGAUUGGUCACAUUUGUCUCAGUCUUCUUUCCAAGGUGUGAUGAUUGAUACCAAUGGUGUAAGGCUGCUGGCAACUAAGGUUAAGGUAAUCAAAAUACCUGUGCUGAUAGACUGGUUGAGUUGAGUCAGGUGAUGGUACAUAGACAAUGGCCACACCAAAGCCAGUUUCAGUAUGUAUGCAUGUUAAGUAUAGCCCAGUUUAGCUGUCACUUACAUUAUUAUGUAUUUAUGUACCAGUCCAUACUUGAUGCUUACACCACAAAAGGUGGCAUUUGCGGUACAGGACCUUGAAGGUCUGAACUUCUUUAAAGCCAACCCCUUCAACAUCUUA